AUGCAGUCUUUGCGCACACGUAGGCCCUCUGACACGCGCACUGUCAAACGUCAGGCCUCUAAACUCGAGAAGAAGCCUAUCAAUAAGAAUGUUCGCAAGUCCACCGUCGAUGACAAGAUAAAGAAGCGUAUGUCAUUGCGCUAUGCAGAGAUAUCUGCGCCCACCGAAGCUUCUGUCCCGGACGUGCCAAGCGUUCCAAUUGGGCUGCGGCCAGGUGCAGUGAGGGACCCAGAUGAGCUUGUCUUGGAACGUGCCAGUAUCAGAGAGGACCCGAAGGCCAUAGAUCAGAGGUUGCUGGACAAGGACGAUUUUGAUCCCGACACCUACUUGAAGGCCAAACUGGCUAACUCAACCGAGGCGGAGCUCAGCUAUGCCGAGUUCGUACAUAUUUCCAAAGAAAUUUCUGUCCUCGAGAACGAAGUGCUCGAGCUCAAAGAAAGCCUUUCUGAAUGGAAGUCUAUGCCGAGCCUUUUGCACAUUGAUGAGUCCGCCUCUGCUUCAGAGCGGCGGCGCAACGUUCGUUCAUCCAUUGCGGACCUUCGCGUGCUCUAUGCGAAUCAGAUGCAGACACUGCAUACCCAAAUCGAGGGCUCCGCGAAAUUUGCUCCAACAACGCCAGGCAGACAUGUAAUUUACGAAAUAGACGGGAUAUAUGCUCUCAAUGCAGCAACCUACAGGGUCAGUAACACUGUCAAGUUCGUCGUGCUAGAUGAUUCUGUGCUCGUCGCGAAGAGGAGGAGGAGAAACAACGGAGAAGGGGGACGGCUGGUGGCAGAGAGAUGUUGGCCUUUGAAUGAGAUGUUGGUGUUGGAUACGAAGGAUACAGCAACUAUGACGAAUGUCUUUAAAGUUCGCCAUCAAAAGGAGACAUAUGUUUACAGAACGGAGGCCCCUUUUGAUAAGAAGACUCUUCUUGGACAGUUCCGUCAGGUUGCCGAAGAACUUGCGAUCCGCAAACGCAGGGAGCGUGAAGGCGAGCACGAGCGACGCAAGAGCAUGUGGACCAGUGGAGACCAACGCGUUUCCAUGACAUUGCAUCCCGAUAAGAUGCCGCCCCUUCCUGAUUGGAUGGCUGAGCUUGCCCGAAACGCGGGCGUUGACGGGGACACCAGCGCACGGGACAAAUCCGAGAGCGAUGCACGUUUCAUCAGUGAUUUUUCGGACGACCUCACAGUCGCUAUCGCUCUGCGAUCCUGGGAACGGGCCGUUGAAUUAGUGGAAGAAGGUCGAGCUAAAGUUUCUUCCAUACCGUCAUUGAGCGCCAAGCUCACUCCUCUCACGGCGAGCCUCACCUCAGCACUACUCGAUGCACUCAGUGCGCCCGGGAACCGCAAGAAUACUGCAGUAAGCCUCAUUGGUCAUUUAUUAAAGCUUGGACAAGGUCCAGCUGCGAGGUCAACAUUCUUAAAUGCGCGAGCGGGGGCGGUUGACCGGUAUGUCAGGGCCAUCAGAUUCGAAGGCCAUGUCGGGAUGUAUGUGCACGAUUUGGCUCUAGUCGUGUUUACCGGGAUCAAGCAUACAGCGGAUUGGUUCCUCGCGGGCUUUGUAGAGCAUGAUAUGACUAGCACUUUAAUUGACUGGGCUAAAAAACAAAUUGAGAUGUAUGCUGAGAGGUUCAGGAAGCAGGUUUAUAGUUCCGAUGCCGAACAGCAGACUGUCAAAGAAGCACUCAAAAUCACACACAGUCAGAGUCGCAAGCUUUUACAAGAAUUUGGGCUUGACUUCCGCUAUCUCCUUGACGAGCUUCUGGUUCAGGACCCCCAGACCAACGACACCUGCGUUGUUUCUGCUACCUUCCAUGCCCCUUCCCUAGGGCCCUCCAUCUCGGGCUCGCACACACCACAAUCCACAUCAUCCUUCGCGUCUUCCUCGACGCCUCCCAUACCUUCAAUUCCAUCUGCCCCUGACUCGCCCGCUCGCCCUACUACACGCUCUUCAAUAUCUCUGCGCCCAGUCGUGCAGAUCCAUGACUCCGAUCGUUCGUCGAAAUCUACGCAGGAUAGCCCAGCUCCUCCACCACGCUCGUCAGAUCGUCCUGGGAGCACUAACAGACCACAAGUCGCCAUUCCACAAAGGGAAGGGAUGUUUUGA